AUGGAAGCGAGUUGCAAGGAUUUAGAGAAAGUUCUUGUCGGAUCAGAUCCAGAGAGGUUUUUUCAGGUCGACUCAGAAUUACCACCCCAAGAGAAGGAGACGCUCAUUGAUUUUCUUAGACAAAAUGUGGACGUGUUUGCCUGGGACGCCUACGAGGCCCCUAGGGUUGACCCAGAUUUCAUUUGUCACCACCUUAAUGUUAGCCUGGCCGUAACGCCUAAGAAGCAGCCUCCUUGGCGACCAUCGAAAGAGCAUGCAGACGCCGUGAGAGAGGAGGUUACAAAAUUGAAGAAAGCAGGGGCUAUCAAGGAGCUUAAGGAAUACCUGACCCGGCCACCAAUUAUGUCCAGUCUUGAGGCCGACGAGAUGCUAUUCGCCUACAUUGCUGUAGCCCCUUACGUAGUGAGCUUAGUGCUGAUCCGAGAAGACAAUAGCACACAACGGCUUGUCUACUACAUAAGCAAAUCGCUGCACGAGGUAGAGAUCCGUUAUCUCCUCCUCAAAAAGGCCGUCUUGGCAAUCAUACAAGCCACGCGAAAGCUCCCCCAUUAUUUCCUGGCACAUACUGUUGUUGUACUAACCCAACUUCCGCUAAGAUCUAUACUUCGGAGUGCCGACUACACGGGUAGAAUAGCAAAAUGGGGGACGAUUCUGGGCGUCUUCGACAUUAGGUACAUGCCUCGCACCGCUGUGAAGGGUCAGGUUCUCGCGGAUCUAGUAGCCGAAUUUGCAGAGCCCACACCAGAAGGAGGGGGAGGGACACUAAACCCUGAUGGGAAACUGAUCAGCGCAAUCUCUCAGCAAGAGCCCAAUUGGUGGAAAGCAUACAUUGACGGCACGACCAACCAAAGGGGCUCUGGGGUGGGGCUCGUUUUGGUCUCCCCCGAGGGCAUCACCAUCGAAAAAUCGUUGAGGCUGGAUUUCUCGGCCAUGAAUAAUGAAACAGAGUAUGAGGCACUAUUGGAAGGAAUGUCAAUGAUCCAGAAAUUGGGUGGAAAGUCCGUGAACAUGUUCUCAGACUCAAGACUCGUUGUGGGACAAGUAAAUAGGGAAUUGGAGGCGAGGGAUGAAAGAAUGCAAGAGUACCUAGUCCAAGUCAAGCGCUUGUGGGCCCAUUUCUAUCACUUCAAUCUAGUGCACGUGUCCAGGAGCGGGAACACCCAUGCUGACUCUCUUGCAACGCUCGUCACCUUCUCGGCUCAGCCACUCCCUCAGGUUAUUCUCGUAGAAGAUCUCUACUGCCCAAUGAUGGCGAGGACCAACUCAGUACGGGUUCACAGCAUCAGGGCAGGGCCUAGUUGGAUAGAUCCUUUAGUACAAUUCUUAAAGCAUAACACCUUACCAGAAGAUAAGAAUGAGGCCAACAAGAUUAGAAGAAAGGCUUCUCGAUUUUGGCUGUCCGAGGACUCUAAACUGUACAGGCGCUCAUUCUCAGGACCAUACUUGCUGUGUGUGCACCCAGAUGCCACUGAACUCAUUCUGGAGGAAUUACACGAAGGAAUUUGCGGAAGUCAUAUGGGGGGUAGGUCCUUGUCCCAUAGGGCCAUAACGCAAGGUUAUUGGUGGUCGAGCAUGCAGAAAGAGGCGCAAGAAUUUUGGGGCCUAGACAUCCUAGGACCAUUUCCUAAAGCAGCGGGGAACAAAAGAUUUCUUCUUGUCGGCACGGAUUAUUUCACAAAAUGGGUCAAAGCUGAGCCGCUGGCAAACAUUAGAGACAUUGAUGCCAAGAAAUUUGUUAGGAAAAAUAUCAUCACUAGAUUCGGAAUCCCUCACACCCUGAUCUCGGACAACGGUCUCCAAUUUGAUAGUAAAGCUUUCAGAAGAUAUUGUAGCGAGUUGGGAAUUGCCAAUAGAUACUCCACACCGGCUUACCCGCAGGGUAAUGGGCAGGCUGAAGCCAUCAACAAAACCAUAGUGAAUGGGUUGAAAAAGAGGUUAGACAACGUGAAGGGAAGAUGGGUAGAAGAGUUGCCCCAUGUCUUGUAG